UAUAAAACAGUUUCCGGGAGUUCAGUCAAAGCGGCAAGUCAAGUAAGCCACCUGCCGAGACGGCAGAUCUGUGAACAAUUAGUCGUAGCUCGAAAGGAUGAAGUAAGGAUCGCAUGGAAUAGAAGGUUCAUACUUCGAGGAAGAAAGAAGAGUUAAAUUGGAAAACAAAGGCUUGCUGUUCCAUUGUGAAAUUGGCCAGUAGGCUCGCAAGUUACCUUGAAUGUUUUAAUUUCAUGCCAACGAGUAACGUUAGCCUAACUAGCUAGCCGAGUCACAAUUAGCUAGCCAUUUUUUACUGGUUAAUUGUCGAAUUUAUUUCAGUAACCAGCUAGCUAACUAAUGCUUUUACAUCAGUUUGUGAACGGUGUCCUGGAGGCUAUGCAUCCAACAAUUCAAAAAGACACUACUUUCACAAAAAUUUUUGUGGGCGGUUUGCCUUACCACACUACCGACGCUUCUCUCCGAAAGUACUUCGAGGCAUUUGGGGACAUUGAAGAAGCGGUGGUGAUAACGGAUCGACAGACGGGGAAAUCUAGAGGAUACGGAUUUGUGACCAUGACAGACCGGGGAGCAGCAGAAAGAGCCUGUAAAGACCCUAACCCCAUCAUCGAUGGUAGGAAAGCCAAUGUCAACCUGGCCUAUCUGGGGGCCAAGCCUCGGAGCCUGCAGACAGGCUUGUCGGUGGGUGUGCAGCAGGUUCAUCCGACGCUCAUCCAGAGGCAGUAUGGACUGGCCCAGCAGUACAUUUACCCACAAUCCUUUGUGCAGCCCAGCCUGGUGCUGCCCUCCCAGAUGGCCUCAGUCAGCUCCCCCUACCUGGACUACAGCAGCACCUACGCCCAGUAUGCUUCGGCUGCCUUUGAGCAGUACCCAUACUCUGCCUCUCCAGGGUUCCUGGGGUACGCCUACACGCCCAGCCCCACCGCGCCCACACCCGUCCCUCAGUCCCUCCCCUCGGGGGCCGGCGUGGCCACCGCCUUCCUGCAGUACCCCCCGCAGCCGCUGCAGCCGGACCGCAUGCAGUGAGCUCCCGUGGGAGUGGUGGUGUGCGGUUCGCUGAGGGGAAGCUGAGAGGCAUCGCUCUAUGACAUCAGGAGGAAACCCCGUCACUGCGAGCGUGGGGUGUUGUGUCAAAGGGCUUACAGAAGCACACAGCAAGGCUGUGCAUUCUGUUUAAUAAUGUUAUUACUCUUACUGUUGUUAUCAUUGUUAUUGUUAUUAAUGUUCUUAUUGUUACUCUCAAUGUUGUUGUGUAUUGUCCUUGUCCAUGUUCUUAUGAUUAUAUUGUUUCAAUCAGAGGAAACCUCACUCUUGUCCGUUGCCAUGUUCACACUCAAACGAGCUGUCGUUAGUACCUGCAUUGCGGGCUGGUGGGGUGAGGGUUGGUGGCACAAGGAUGGACAUUCAAGGCAGGGCCAGGCAAGGGCGAAGCUGUGGAGGGACAUCUUACCUUGUGGUCAAGGAAGGAUGAUACGGGCUCUGCUUCUUGGGCGAAAUGGGAGGCAGGGGCUCCAGCAGAGGAAAUGCUGUCGUGCCUCCCCAGCCACCAGCAGCCGUACUCCAUUGUGAACGAGGAGGAUCGGGACUCCCUCGCUCUGCAGAGCUUUAACCGGUACUCAGCCAUGGAGGAACAAGGACCAAAGGGGUCCUCCCAGAGCUAACGGCGCAUGAAGAUGACAUCAGUAUCACCUGCUUUUUCUGAGGCCUUAAUCUUUUCACCCCCCUUACCCUGCACUUCCAUAAUGUGAAUAUUAAGACCUUGCUCUUCACUUUUUAUAUGAGACUCCUUAAUGCCAACAUUAGAAUUUCUUGUUCUUUUUCAAAGGCAGGUUCAUGUCUUUUCUAAUUAGAUUAUCGUAGUUUGAUGUAGAUAAUCACAGCUAAUUUCAAUAUGCAAUUAUGAUAGGGAGGGAGGGGGGCAGAGUAUGUGGGGGUGUACAAGGUAGAUGACACUGUAAUACAUAUUUUAUAUAACUGUUAAUCAUAUCAAAUGUUGCUUUUUAAAAGGACAUUCAUGUACAACAUUUUUAAUAUUGCUGCCGCAAAUUAAAAUGUAUAUUACAGUAUUUAUGUUAAGAUAUUUAAAAACAUAAGUUAAACUUUUUUUCCUUCAUUUUUUACAUUUUAUUUAAAAUAACUGUCCACAGGAAAUGGAUGAUAAGUCUUUGCAUCGCAGUCCUCGGUCAAGGCCUUUCUUUGUGGACUGUUUAUUGAUGUCCUGCAGUUAAUGUCACCGGUCCCUGCAGGGUAUUUUGGUCACUGCUGUAUUUGGAGCAUUUCGUUUUCAUGUUAUUUACAUAGCAACGCCAUACCAAAAAAAUGUUCUGGAAAAAAAAUAAAGAAUUUCUACAUACAAA